UUCGCCGGACCGUUUUUAAUAUUCAUUCAAUGAGCGAUUAUAUAGUUUGCUCUCACGGAGCGUGUUGCUUUUUCCUGAUUUGUACAUGUAGAAAUGUACAGAUUAUAACCGUAAUUUCUCCGGACUGAGAGGUGGGAGAGAGAGGGAGAGAGAGAGAGAGGAGAUGAAAGGGAAAAAGUGCUAGCGCUAAACUAGCAAGCGAGCUAACGAGUGUAAGCUAGGCUAGUUUAGCUAGCCGUUGGGCUAGUUUAGUUAGCCGUUGGGCUAGUUUAUCUAGCGGUUGGACAAGUGUAGCCAGCCGUUGGGCUAGUUUAGCCAGCCGUUGGGCUAGUGUAUCUAGCGGUUGGACAAGUGUAGCCUGCCGUUGGGCUAGCUUAGUUAGCCGGUUGGCUAGUUUAGCCAGCCGUUGGGCUAGUUUAGCUAGCCGUUGGGCUAGUUCCAACGGUUAUUAUGAGACCGUUAGGCUAAAUCAGUCAGCGUUGAUUAACGUUAGGCGUUACGUGACGAGGAGGCAUGGCUCAGAUGAGGAAGCUGGCAUGCGACGGCGUCAGGACGAACUCCCGGGGGGGCGACCCGCAGGCCCAGCCGGUGUCGGCCCGACAGGAGAUCCUCACCAGCCUGGUGUCUGCCCUCGACUCGGUGUGCAUGGCCAUGUCCAAGCUCAACGCCGAGGUGGCGUGCGUCACCGUGCACGAGGACAGCGUGAUAGCCGUCGGCACAGAAAAGGGCCGAGUGUUCCUCAACUCCAGGAGGGAAAUCCAAACAGACUUCUACAAGUUUUGCCGGGGGCCGUGUCUGCAGAAUCUGACCACAGCUAAUGCCCAUACCAAAGACCAGGAAGCAGAGCUCAGCAAGCCGAGUAAAGAUGGUGAGCUCGGGAAAUCAAGAGCUCCAUCGGACGCUCAGUCCAACAUCUUUGUUCUGAGGAAGAUGGUGGAGGAAGUCUUCACUGUACUCUACAGUGAGGCUGUGGGGAAGAGCAGCCUGGUCCCUGUGCCUUAUGAGUGGAUCCAGAAGGACCCCGGCUGUGUGGCGGCCCACGGUUUGCCUGAAGGAGUCGCCCUGAAGAAGCCCUCCGAGUACGACACCAAGACGCUGAUGAAGAUCCUGGAGCAGAGCCACCGCAUCCAGUUCACCGCAAAGAGGCCAGCAGAGGAUCUGCCCCGAGAAGCCAAGCCCUGCACUGAUGUCAAUCACAACUCUUCCACCGCCGCCAUGACACCCAGCAGCCAUGCUGCAGGGAAGACCGCCGCCCAGGUCGUCACGUCGCCAAGUCCCGCCUCUUCCAGCAACUCGGUCCUGUCAAACUUUCUGUACGGCAUGCCCAUGUCCUCCAAACCUCACCCAGAUGGCAAGCUGGAUUUCAAGCCCAUGUCCCUCCUCAACCUGGGCAAGGACAGACUGGCCAACUGGACCGACAAGAUGAGCACGUCUGUCAAGGACUGUGCCACCAAUGAUGAGACAACAAAGCCACCUGGUGAGCAGGGUCAGGGCCCUCCUGGCAUCCACAUCUCUAAGAGGCUACUCUUCUCCAUAGUGCAUGAAAAAUCAGAGAAAUGGGACUCUUUCAUUCGGGAAACUGAAGACAUCAACACGUUGAGAGAAUGUGUCCAGAUCUUGUUCAACAGCAGAUACGCCGAGGCCCUGGGUCUAGAUCACAUGGUGCCUGUCCCCUACCGCAAAAUCGCCUGCGACCCGGGAGCCGUAGAGAUCAUCGGCAUCCCGGACCAGAUCCCCUUCAAGAGACCCUGCACCUACGGAGUUCCCAAGCUCAAGCGCAUCCUGGACGAGCGGCACGGGAUCCGCUUCAUCGUCAGACGAAUGUUUGAUGAAAGGAUUUUCACUGCCGCUGGCAAGAUCGUGAGGGAGGACGGCAAGCACGACCUGGGCGCCAUGCCCGAAGACGGCUUCCUCGACAAUCUCAGCAUCCCGCCCACCGCAGCCGAGCCGGUCAGCAAUCCUCACAGCAGCAGAUCAGCAAGUGCAUGCGUGAGUCCCUUGGCUGACUGUGAAGCAGGUCCUUCGGGAGAUUGCAUUCCUUUGAAAAGGAUUAAAACGGAGCCUCCGGAUGGGGACAUCAUUCAAGUCACCGUGCCAGAGGCUGGUACAGGAGGGGAGGAGCCCGGCGAGUCGGUGGCCGAGCCGGUCGCAGCUGCAGCGUGUCCACCCACGGCCUCGCCCGCUGCUCCCGCUGCUCCUUCUGCUCCUUCUGCUCCUUCUGCUCCCAUUCACCAAAUGGAGAACCACGCAGCUGAAGCUCUGUCGCCCAGCGCUGCGUCUCAGAGCGUCAGAAGAUCCUCUGAAGCAGGGAGUCUGGUGGAGGACAUUGGUGAAAUGAUUCUUCAGCUGCGGAGACAAGUGGAGAGCCUCUUCAGCAUUAAGUACGCCGACGCUCUGGGUCUGCCUGAACCGGCCACGGUGCCCUACUCCAAGUUCCAGAUGUACCCGGAGGACCUGUACGUCAGCGGGCUGCCGGAGGGGAUCUCCAUCCGACGGCCCAACUGCUUCGGAGCGGCCAAGCUGCGCAAGAUCCUAGCUGCUAGCGGUCAGAUCCAGUUCGUCAUCAAGAGGCCGGAGCUGCUAACAGAGCAAGUCAAACAAGAGAUGCCUUCCAUGCCCAUCUGUGAUCCAGAGCUGGACGCCAAUGAUUCAAGUCCAGAAACAGAGGACACUGCAGCUCUAUCUAAGAGACCUGGUUUCUCAGAGUGCCUGGAGUCCAAGCUGUCCAGGAUCGACCUGGCCAACACGCUGCGCGAGCAGGUCCAGGAUCUGUUCAACAGGAAGUAUGGGGAGGCAUUGGGCAUCAAGUACCCCGUCCAAGUGCCUUACAAGAGGAUCAAGAACAACCCGGACUCGGUCAUCAUCGAGGGCCUCCCACCCGGCAUCCCCUUCAGGAAGCCCUGCACCUUCGGCUCCCAGAACCUGGAGAGGAUCCUGGCGGUCGCCGACAAAAUCAACUUCACCAUCACCAGACCUUUUCAAGGACUCAUUCCUAAACCAGCACCUCGACGCGUCACUUUACUAAAGAAGGCCUACGCCUCAAUCAGCGAUGAUGACGACAUUAACCGCAUGGGGGAGAAAGUCGUCCUCCGAGAGCAAGUCAGGGAGCUGUUCAACAAGAAAUACGGUGAGGCUCUGGGCUUAGACCGCUCCGUCGUGGUCCCGUACAAGCUGAUCCGUGGCAGUCCGGAGUCUGUAGAAGUCGACGGGCUUCCGGACGACGUCCCCUUCCGAAACCCCAACACCUACGACAUCGUGUGCCUGGAGAAAAUCCUUCAAGCCGCAGACAAAGUAACAUUCAGCAUCAAGAGCCAGCUGCAACCCUUUGCAGAGAUCUGUAGCCAGGCUUGUAACACAGUAGCAACAGACGCCUCCACCAAUCGACGAAAGCGCAAGAGAGUCCAGGAGAGCAGCCGAGGACCCGCCUCCUCCGACCUGAUGUCAACCAAUCAGAUUCCAGUGAUGCAGUGGCCCAUGUACAUGGUGGACUACAGCGGGGUGAACGUGCAGGUUCCGGGGAAAGUCAACUACUGAAGGACGGACCCGGACUCCUCACGCCUCCUCCUCACUCACACUUUGUCAGAGACUAAACAAACGGAGCACAGAGAGCUGAGUGUCGGAGGAGGAUCAGCAGAAUGUAUGUGGAUCAAAAUGUUUUCUGUCGGCGGGACGCAGCCGUCGCUUCUCCUUCUGAAGCGGAACACGACGGUAACAUUGUUUCUUUCUUUCUGCAAAGAUGAAAACGUUACAAACGUUUUUAUCCAUCCACUGAGUCACGUCGCUGUAUCCGGCAUUUAGUUGCAAUGUAUUACUGACACACACACACACACACACACACACACACACACACAAAAUGAAAUGUCUUUGAUAACAAUCUGGUUCCAUAAUAUUCAGAUAUUUGUACUUUUUAUUUAUUAUAUUUAUUGAAAUAUAACAUUAUGUGCAGGGAUGUAAAAUACAUGGUUCUGUUCUUCAGCUCACGACACUAACACGGGCGCUACUCGUGGAAACUGCUGGAAUCAGAUUAAACAGCAGCUCAUGAAGUGUCUUAACUAAAGGAAAUCAAAAGAAAUGAAAGGAGACGAAGCGGACGUCACAACACGAGAGCUUCAGUACGCGUUCAGUACGCGAGAGCUUCAGUACGCGUUCAGUACGCGAGAGCUUCAGUACGCGUUCAGUACGCGAGAGCUUCAGUGAACGAGAGCUUCAGUAUGCGAGAGCUUCAGUAUGCGAGAGCUUCAGUACGUACGCGUUCAGUACGCAUUCAGUACGCGACAGCUUCAGUACGUGUUCAGUACGCGUUCAGUACGCGUUCAGUACACGAGAGCUUCAGUACGCGUUCAGUACGCGUUCAGUACACGAGAGCUUCAGUACGCGUUCAGUACGCGUUUAGUACACGAGAGCUUCAGUACGCGUUCAGUACGCGUUCAGUACACGAGAGCUUCAGUACGCGUUCAGUACGCGUUCAGUACGCGUUCAGUACGCGUUCAGUACGAGAGAGCUUCAGUACGCCUUCAGUACGCGUUCAGUAUGCGAGAGCUUCAGUACGCGUUCAGUACGCGUUCAGUACGAGAGAGCUUUAGUACGCGUUCAGUAUGAGAGAGCUUCAGUACGCGUUCAGUACGAGAGAGCUUCAGUACGCGUUCAGUACGCGUUCAGUACGCGUUCAGUAUGCGAGAGCUUCAGUACGCGUUCAGUACGCGUUCAGUAUGCGAGAGCUUCAGUACACGGCCUUCUCACGUUAGCGCCACAUUAACAUGUAAGAUAUGUCAUUUAAAAGUCAGCCUGAAUGUAUCAUGUAAAGGAAAGAAUGGUAUGUUAUUACUGCGAUGACCAUAUUUAAUAAUGCUGUACCUUAACGCCAAUUAGGCCUUUGAAAUAAAAUGUGUUGCCUUGCA